AUGCUGCGAUUGCGACUGCUGCACGCUGCUGUGGCUGCGCCUUCAUUGGCGUGGUCGUCUAUUGCCACUGCCAGCCAUCGUGCCCCAGCUGCUGUAGGACGACUGGCAGCAGCAGCUCGAUCGCAGUCCUCAACCGCCGCUGAUGCCACCACUCGGACCAGUUCUACCUCUCCACGUUAUUCGCGGGAUCAGGGACGGGCGCACGGGCAGCGGCCAGCAACGCCGAGGGCGUCCAGGCAUCCUCCACGAGGCGAUCGCUCCCAGCAGCAGCAGCAAGGAGGGCCAGGACCAAGGCGGACUCCCUCUCCCGCACACUCCACAGACACGCGUGACCAUCCGACGCGAUCGCAGUCCAGCUACACGCGCAGCCGCAACAGCAACAGCGGCGUGGCAGCCGGAGCAGACACAGAAGCAGUCCGCUACCAGCCAAGAGCAGAGACCAGUGCGACCACUGCCACGACCCCUACCAUCACCCCUACUACGACUACUACUACGACUACUGCUACUACUACUACUACUACUACUACUACUACUACUACUACUACUACUACUACUACUACUACUACUGCGACGGACAACACUGCUCCGGGCAAACUGCCGACAUUGGCCGGUCCCGCUGGCUACGAGCUCGGACUCGCCUUCCUCGCAGAGCAGCCUGCCUUGGACGUCACCCGGAACAACGCUCAGGCGCCUGCGCAGCUAGCAGCACGGACAACGCUGAUCACGACCUUCGCGGAGCGCAUCCUGCGGUAUAUCGCAUCGUGCGACGUGCCCAGUGCUGGCCGGAUGGCACUACUCGCCGCGCUCGAGGCUCAGGCGCUGCUUGUCAUGGAAGGCACUCUGGCAACCGCCCGAAUUCUAGAGGCAACCGAAACCGCACAUCGACGAACGUGGCAGGCAGCGGCGGGCGACGAGGCGUCGUACAACUGGAAGACCGAUCUGCUGCACACGCCGCCCGUUCUCGCCAUGCGCAUGUCGAUCGCUCGCCUCGCCUUGGCCCUGGACACGACCAGCGCUGCCGCUGAGGGCCUGGCCUUUUUGGUUCCAGUCAACGACGCAGACAGGUACAUGCUGCUCAAAGUGUCCCCGACCUUCCAGCAAACCCCGAUUCGCGCAGUCGACCUGACCCGCUUUGAUCGCGGUUCCUUCUUGAAGGAACGCGACUCCAGCCGGUCUCCGACAGUCGUGAUGCGGGCCGUCAUCGAAGCCGUCCCAAAGCUCCACAAUCCCGCUCCAACGGUCGUUCCCCCCGUCAUGCCCUUCCAGACGCUCAUGGCGCUGGUGCUGGCAGCAGACCCGCACGAGCGCGCGUCGAUUGCUUCGGUGGCAAACGCCCACGCCAUCCCCGACGCAUCCCUGAAAACGCAUCCUGUGCACGGUUGGUGGGAAGUUUUACGCGGCCAGACCUCCAAUACUGGCGUCGCAGCCCGAUUCCACUACGGAUCCAUGCUUCCUGGCACAGACUUGAGUAACCUACCUUACAGCUGGGCGAUGCGAUGGUUUCGCUUGCGACCGCGCGAGCCGACGCCAGAGUUUCUCAUCUCGACGCAUCCAGCACUCGUCUCGCUUUGGCCACUCCAGCACUUUCCGGCAGGCUUGCUCCACCCUUCUCAUGUCAUUGCGCAGCUUGCCAUGUUUGUCAGCAAACAGUUUUGGUUUGGGUGGCAGGAGGAAGUGACAGCCAUUCGUCAAACCAUGUUGUCGCUCAUUGCCAAGCACGUGCCGCAGUAUAUUGGCCUAGCUGCGUGGAUCUUGGAGCUUCACGGCACCUCCAUCAGCAGAGGCCACCACUCGCUCCACGCAACCAUUGCAAACGCUCUGGCGGAGCACGGUCACCGUGCAUCCGCGCUCAACUGGAUCCAAUGCAUCUUGGCUCCAGCAAGUCCUUCCGACACGAAAAAUCCGACUGGUUGGUCGCGCUCGUCGUCAACCAUGUACUCUGGGGACAAGAAUGCGCUCGUCUCGGACUCGCUGUCCCGGCUGCUGGUGGCGUGUGCUGCCGCGGGCGACGCGGCCACCGCUGAGCGUGCUUUGCAAUUCGUCAUCAAAUCGCGCGCCUUCCUCGACGAAUCGGCGUGUCGGGCGCUGUCCGUGCUUUUGCGUGGCGAUCCUUUGGGAUUCACAAAGUCCACGCUCGUCAACGAGUUGCUCAUGUCGCAGCCCCCGUCAGCCUACCUCGCUCAGCUGGCUGCCGAGCAAGCAGUUCGCUGGGGCCCGGCGUUGGUCGGCGUCCAACCCCGCGAUCUGCCAAACGCCUUCCCCCGGUUCCCGGCGCGCAAAGGCGCUGCGCUGAUCUGCCACUCGCUCAUCCAAAACCACGACCUUCACGGCGCUCUGGCUGCCAUCUCUGACUGCUACCCCGCUGGUCACACGGUGUCUGACGUGAUUUCGGUCGAAGUGCAUCGUCUUUUGAGCAUGCGAGGCGAGAAGGAUGCCGCCACGCUGUUGUGGAAGGCGCUCGGCUUUGAGUUGCUCUGUGGUGGAGCCACAGCGGCGUCCGGUUCCAGCGCCAGCGCCCCAGAGGGACGUACCGCGGCUGCCACCGCCGCCCAUAAGCGCAGCAGCGCCUUGUCGGUACCACCAAACUUUGUGUGGCUUGCCAACCAGCAUGCCGACCGGGCGACUUUCAACAUGGUUGUGAUGGAGCAGGACAAAUCGCAGCUGCUUCGUCUUGUUGCAGCGCUCCGAGACGCGCUGAGUGACCCGCAGGGGUCGGUGAUUGCAGAGCGCCUGAUGGAAGCCUCAACCCUCGCUCAAAGAGCGGUCGACGUGUUGGCCGCCAAAUCCGGCGCGCACACUUCCACAUACCAGCAAUUGUCCACUCGCCUCGCCUUGGGCUCUUAUGUGCGUGAAGUUGCCGCCGGGCCUGGAUUCGAGGCACGUUACCGCCUUGUUUUGUUGGCAACUUGCGCUAUUCGCGAGCUCCUCGUCCAGUAUCAGGAUGUUGCGACAGCGACCGACCUGUUUGUGCACGUUGUGAACGCUCACGGCGCCGACGCCUCGCAGCUCGUCGAUGCCUAUCUCAGCUAUUUCCUUGUUGAGGUGCCACCAACAUCGCCGCUACUCCCCAAGGCCAUCGAGCAGCUCGAGGCUUUCGAGCGUCAUGACGCGGCGCUGCUGUUGUCGACCGUUGCCAAUUCCUCGGAGCAGGCAGAUCGUCUUUUGCCAUCGCGCAUGCUCGAAGUCCUCCUGCGCUGCAAGCAGCCAGCAAACAUGGACAUGCUUGGACUGGCGCUUCAGGCAUGGCUGUUGCGUUCCUUGCUUCGCGGCGAGCCCGUGCUCAGCUGGGGACGGCCGUCCAAUGAUGAUGCUCUGUCGUCAACCCGGCUCCCAACCGAAUCGUCCUCGUGGACGACGAGCGCGGACGCGCGUGCCUCGCUGAAGAAGGCUCGUGCAUCAGUACGCCCCGUCCUUCCCCAGCGUUUCUCCGAGUUUGUUGCCAAGCACUUCCCAGGAUCCAGCACCCGUGCGGCACUCGACCAAUAUGCUGCCAAAAAAUCCAGCGUCCCUACUGUUGCCGAGCAGCAGCCAACUAACGAUGCUGCCCCGUCCUUUGACGCGUGGUGGAUGGGCACCGGGUCGUUCGCGGAAUCCAUUUUGAUGAUGGAGAAUGACGGCCAGAGCGCCGCGGCCACCGCCUUCCGCGUGUGCGCGUCCUCGCAGCUCCAGCCUGCCUCGUUGUACUUUGCCACGACGACCGACUUUGAUCGCAGCCAGGCCAAUCGCCGGUUGUCGCACGUCGGCAGUCUGGUUGCUUGGGACAAUGCGAGCCCGACGGCCACCGCGAAUGUCCUCCACUCUGUGCUUCAGCAGCUGCAGCCCGCCUUGCAGUCGUCCGCCAUGCUCACAUUGGUGGUCACCAGCCUGCAGCGCAUCGGGUUGCCGGAGGCUGCGCUCGACGUUCUGGUCGCCCUUCACUUUGGCAGCGCGCCUCCUGCCGACUCUUCGAACAAAUGGCCCCAGCAGUCGCGCGAGGCCUUGCUGCACAGCUUGUACGGCCGCGAGGCGCGCCUCCCCCCGCUCACAGCGCUGCUUGCGCGGGACGCCGCCGCCCUGACCAACGAGCAGCCUCGUUUGACUGCUCGAGAUGUCGAGACGCUGCUCGCUGCGCUUCCCCCGACAGACUAUGCCAGCUGUAUGGCGCGCAUGGGUCAUUUCACUGACGCGCUCUUGCUGCACAUGGAUAUGCGCGCGCGACGGGACAUUGUACGAUGGUCGUCGCAAACGCUGCUGCCCGAGCAGGAGGUCGUCCGGCUAUACUUUGAACAAGUAGGAUUCUUUAAGCAGAACAGCGAGUUCCGACUCUGGCAGCACGGCAACGACUGGACAUCGUGGGCUGCCGUGAGACGGCGUGCCACGCGGAUGCACAACUGGGGCCAGCUCAACACGUAUCUCGAGACCCUCCAAGCAUUGUACGACCUUCCACAGGAGCAGCUGGGCGCUGUUCUCCGAGGAGUUCCCGAAAUGCUGCGAUCGCCCGAGUUUGAUCAAGGUGCUGAUGACGCGGCGAGCGACAAGGUUGAUGUUGAGUCGGUUGAGACCAGUAGCGACUCUGCUGCUGCGACCCAGUUGGCACAGCUUGGGUUGGCUGCCAUUGACGUGGCACGCACCGCUCAGUUGCCUUGAGCAACAGUCGAAAAACCGAGCAACAAAGUGCGAGUGGCUGAUGCAAAUGAAGGAAUGAUCCACCUCAAACAAACCAAGCAACAAAUAGAAGCUGCCGAUGCCAAUGAACGAAUUAACAUUGUUGUAUUUUUUUUGCUUCACAUUGUCAUGCAACACGCUUUCAAGAACAUACUAAUCUCUUAUUCUCAACGUUGCACCCCAAAAUGUCUUGU